UCCAAUGAUAUUCCUCUCAAACCCACAAUCCCAAUUGGCCAGAACAUAGACACCUAUUCUCCAAAAAAUAAACCUGUAAUCUGUUGACACCCAGAAAAGGCAUCUAAUACCUUCCUAUACCCAUCAUCAUCAUCACUACAUGACAUAGCAUCCAUCCAUGUAUGGUAAGUUUCUAUCCAUCACAUACACAUACAUCCAUCCAUCCAUCAAUCCAAGAAGCUUAUAAGCCCAUAAAAAGCACCAAAAUUAGACCACAUCUCAUACACUGUCAACUACUGCCCAAAACAUGUCUCCUCUUUAUACAGCCUUUCUCCUGCUGAUGGCCAUGGCCUCUGCAACGCCACUAUGGCCAGGAUUCUACUCUGAGACAUGCUCUGAUGCUGAAUUGAUAGUGAGGGAAGUGAUGAAAAAGGCCAUGAUCAGAGAACCAAGAAGCGUUGCCUCUGUUAUGCGUUUUCAAUUCCAUGAUUGCUUUGUUAAUGGUUGUGAUGCUUCUUUGUUGCUGGAUGAUACACCAACCAUGCUGGGAGAGAAGCUGGCUCUUUCCAAUAUAAAUUCUCUAAGGUCUUUUGACGUUGUCGACGAAGUCAAGGAAGAGCUAGAGAAGGUCUGUCCAGGAACCGUUUCUUGUGCAGAUAUAAUUAUCAUGGCUGCUAGAGAUGCUGUUGCUCUGAGUGGAGGACCUGAUUGGGAGGUGAAGUUAGGGAGAAAAGAUAGCUUGACAGCAAGCCAAGAAGACUCGGACAAUAUCAUGCCAAGUCCAAGAGCCAAUGCGAGCCUUCUCAUAGACCUCUUUGCAAGCUUCGAUCUCUCUAUCAAAGAUCUUGUAGCCCUUUCAGGGUCACAUUCCAUUGGACAAGGUAGAUGUUUCUCUAUAAUGUUUAGACUCUACAAUCAAUCUGGAACAGGCAAGCCAGACCCAACCAUCGAGUCAAGCUUCAGAGAAAAACUAGACAACCUGUGUCCAGUUGGUGGAAAUGAAAAUGUGACAGGAGACCUUGAUUCAACACCAAUUGUGUUUGACAAUAUAUAUUUCAAGGACUUGGUUGCAGGGAGAGGGUUUCUGAAUUCUGAUCAAACACUUUACACAUUUCCUGAAACAAGAGACUAUGUGGAAUUGUUUAGCAAAGAUCAACAAGCUUUUUUCGAUGCCUUUGUUGAGGGAAUGAUAAAGAUGGGUGAUUUGCAAUCUGGAAGGCCUGGAGAAAUCAGAACCAAUUGCAGAGUGGUCAACACCCACCACCGCCCUGUUGAUGUUCUGCUGGAGACUUAAAAAAAUGUUUGAGGAAAAGAGAUUAAUUAAUUACAGAUUAAUUAAACUCGGUCAUAGAUUAGGGAGCUUGAGAAAGACCAGAGCAAUCAUAUAAAGUGCAACAUGUCUUCUAUGAUAAUAUUAUAGUGGAAUUGUUGCUAUCAACUUAA